AUGGUAUUUUCAGGAAAGCACCAUGGUUCGAAAAACACUAAAAUCUUCACCCUCCAAGUCCUAACAGGAAGGUGGUUUAUGGUGUUUUCAUCAUUUAUGAUCAUGUCAGUAUCUGGAGCAAGCUACAUGUUUGGCUUAUAUUCAAGAGAAAUAAAAUCAGUUUUGGGCUAUGACCAAUCCACUCUUACUCUCUUAAGCUUCUUCAAAGACUUAGGAUCUAACAUAGGCAUUCUUUCAGGCCUACUCAAUGAAAUUACACCCCCUUGGGUUGUCUUAACAAUUGGUGGAAUUCUCAACUUUUUUGGCUAUUUCAUGAUAUGGCUUGCAGUCAUAAGAAAAAUUCCUAAACCACCAAUAUGGAAUAUGUGUUUAUACAUAUUCAUUGGAGCAAAUUCUCAUUGUUCAACCAACACUGGUGCUUUAGUCACAAGUGUAAAGAACUUCCCUGGUAGUAGAGGUGUUGUUAUAGGUCUUUUGAGUGGUUAUCUUGGUUUGAGUGGAGCUAUCAUCACUCAACUAUACUAUGCUUUUUAUGGAAAUGACUCAGAAUCUUUAAUUUUGCUUAUGGCUUGGUUACCAACUGCUGUAACUUUUGUUUUUAUGCCGGUGAUUAAACACCAUAAGAUGGCUGAACAACCAAAUGAUUCCAAUGCUUUCUAUAAUUUCCUUUACAUGACACCUAUCCUUGCAGGGUUCCUCAUGAUUAUGAUCAUAGUGCAAAAAUGUUUCAAAUUCACAAAAAGUGAGUAUUAUGUCACUUCUACUGUGAUGUUUCUCUUGCUCAUCAUCCUGCCUCUUAUUGUUGUUAUUAUGGAAGAACAAAGGAUUUUGAAGAACAAAAACGGAGACGGUUCAAAUAUAGCUACACAGAUGCCACCAAAUCUAGAAAAGAAUCCACAAGCUAGAGGAGAGACUAUUCAAAAUCAAAACAUACAAAUUCCCCCUUCUAGAAGUGAAGAUCAUACAAUACUUCAAGCCAUUUUCAGCCUUGACAUGUUGACUCUUUUUGUAGCCACAAUUUGUGGACUUGGUGGAACUCUUACUGUGGUAAAUAACUUGAGUCAGAUUGGAUUAUCUCUAGGAUAUCCUGCACAUAGUAUAACCACAUUUGUGUCCCUAAUGGCAAUAUGGAUCUAUCUAGGUAAAGUUACACAAAGGGUUAUCUCAGAAUUUAUCAUAACCAAGUUAAAACUACCUAGGCCUCUAAUGCUUACAUCAAUCCUUAUAUUGUCUUGUUUUGGUCACCUUCUAAUUGCAUUUGAUGUUCCAAAUGGUCUUUAUGUAGCAUCAAUUAUUAUUGGUUUUUGCUUUGGAGCAAAUUGGCCAGUACUAUUUUCAAUCAUAUCUGAACUAUUUGGUCUUAAAUAUUACUCAACAUUGUACAAUGUUGGGUCAAUAGCAAGUCCAAUUGGGUCAUGCUUGUUAAGUGUAAGGGUUGCUGGUUAUUUGUAUGACAAGGAAGCUACAAGACAAAUGGCAAUAUUAGGAUUAAAGAGGAAGGAAGGGGACGAGUUGAAUUGCAAUGGAAGUGAGUGCUAUAAAUUGGCUUUCAUUAUAAUCACUGCUGUUAGUCUCUUUGGGGCACUUGUGUCUCUAACUUUGGUGAUAAGGACUAGAAAGUUUUAUAAAGGUGACAUAUACAACAAGUUCAGAGAGGAAACUGUUGAAAAUGAAUUGGUUGUGACUCAAAACAAGGUUGAACCAGCAUAA